UCGGUGCCGCCGUCGCUGAAAAUGUCCAUCGAGGCUCGAGUUACACUACGCCCCAUCUUUAAGCCCCAGUCAGUGCGCCGUUAACCGCAGGACAACAGAGGAUAGGAUAGGAUACUGGCCGCCGGGAAAGCAAAGGCUCCACACCCAUGCCUUGAAAAAGGAAAGAAAUUGCUGUUAAUGGGGAGAAAUCACAUUCACAUGGAGUGAGUAAAAAUGAUAGAAACCAUGGAUACGCAGCGUGCCUUGCAGGCUGUGGAGCGUCUCCAGGCCAAACUGAAGGAGCGGGGGGAGGUGCCCACUGAGGAGAAGCUCAGCCUGCUCAAAUCAGUGCUCCAGAGUCCCCUCUUCCACCAGAUCCUUGCCUUGCAGAAGUCUGUCCAGCAUGUCAGAGACCAGGGGAGUGUCCCAGUGUCACGUGGGAGCGACUUUAGCGAUCACGUAGCAGAAGUCAAGCCCAAUGGCGGCCAUGUUUCCUACUCAGACAUAUCAGCUUCUACACUCAUCAAUGGCAAGACAGCAUCUGAAGAAUUUGAGCACCUUAUUCACACCAUGGCACAGGGGCGCUACGUAACACACAUGGACCUGCAGAAGCCAGAGUCAGGAGGUCUUGGCUUCAGCGUGGUGGGCCUAAAGAGCGAGAACCGCGGAGAGCUCGGCAUCUUCAUCCAGGAAAUUCAACCUGGAAGUGUGGCUGACUGUGAUGGGAAGCUCAAAGAAGCUGACCAGAUCUUAGCCAUCAAUGGCCAGCCCCUGGACCAGACAGUGACCCACCAGCAGGCUAUAGGUAUCCUGCAGAGUGCUUCAGAGAGGGUGCAGCUCACGGUUGCACGAGGACCAAUACCUCAACUGACCAGUCCCGCGGUGUCCCGCACGCCCUCUGCUGCCAGUACACUGUCAGCCAACUCCAGCGCGUGGCAGCACGUGGAAACAAUUGAGCUGGUCAACGACGGCACCGGUCUUGGCUUCGGUAUUGUGGGAGGAAAGACUACCGGGGUUAUCGUCAAAACCAUCCUUCCUGGAGGCAUAGCUGAUCAGGAUGGCCGCCUGCGUAGUGGGGACCACAUCCUCAGAAUUGGAGACACUGACCUGUACGGCAUGGGCAGUGAACAGGUGGCCCAGGUCCUCAGGCAGUGCGGCAACAGGGUGAAGCUGGUGGUUACCAGGGGUCCUGUGGAUGAGAAUCCCACCCUCUCUGCUGUCAUGCCUGUGGUGCUCCCCACUGUCAAUGAACAGGGCUAUGAGGAAGAAGAGGAUGACGCAUUUGAUGUGAGCCUUACCAAGAACACGCAGGGACUGGGGAUCACUAUUGCUGGCUAUGUUGGAGAUAGAAAUGCAGAGCCCUCUGGCAUUUUUGUUAAGAGCAUAACAAAAGGCAGUGCCGUAGAUCAAGAUGGCCGAAUUCAUGUUGGAGACCAGAUAAUAGCUGUUGAUGGCGUUAACAUCCAGGGAUACACCAAUCAGCAGGCAGUGGAAGUGCUCAGACACACGAGCCAGACAGUCCACCUUAAGCUGAUCCGGCGGGACUUCAGGCCUGAUGAGAUUCCCCCUGCAGUGGCCCCUGGCGUCAGCGCCCUGUCCCCUCGCACCACCAUCCCCACCACCGCCGUUGUCAUGAUGGAGCUGGAGAGAAAGAAGUCUGAGGAGGCUGCUGAAGUCACCACAGAUGAAAAGCCACUCCAGACAAAGAGUGAAGGAUCUGAUGUCAGCCCAGCAACGGCUCAGCUAACAGAAGACACACAUGGGAUAAAGCUAACACCCUUUGAAGAGGAAGAACUAAUGAAGAAGUGGCUCGAGAUUCUGGGUCCAAGUAAUGAAGUUGUAGUGGCCCAGGUGGAGAAGUUUAGUGAGAACAGCGGCCUGGGUAUCAGUUUAGAAGCCAACAGUGGGCACCAUUACAUCCGCUCUGUCCUACCUGAGGGACCCGUAGGUUGCUGUGGCAAGCUGUUCAGUGGAGAUGAACUGCUUGAGGUCAAUGGUAUAUCCCUGAUUGGUGAAAGCCACAAGGAAGUAGUCAGGAUCUUGAAGGAGCUUCCACUCUGUGUAUACAUGACGUGCUGUAGGCCCGCCCCUUACCUGCAGACUAUUAUGGAUGCUGUCCAACCCAAAUCAGAGACUUUGUCCACAACGUCUAUACUAAAGAAACAAAUAGACCUGAGCAGCGUUCUGGUUGCUGAAGACUCAGAGGUGAAGGCAGUGGCUGAGGAUAAUGUGACACAGGAGGUGAUAGGAUCUCCUUUGGCUAUGUGGGAGUUGGAGAUCCAGAAUAUCGAGCUUGAAAAGGGAGAAGGGGGAUUGGGAUUCAGCAUUCUGGACUACCAGGACCCACUGGACCCUGCCAAGACGGUGAUCGUGAUUCGCUCUCUGGUUCCCUGCGGUGUGGCCGAGCAGGAUGGCAGACUGUUGCCAGGAGACCGACUCAUGUAUGUCAACACCACCAACCUGGAGAACGCCAGUCUGGAGGAUGCUGUCCAGGCCCUGAAGGGAGCCGACCUCGGCAAGGUCCAGAUAGGAGUAGCCAAACCACUGCCUGGAAUAUGUGGAUAUUCCCACUCUCCACACCCAUAUGGUGAGCAGGAAAUUACUUCAUCAUCCAUCAUCCAUUCAUUUGACUUCAACAAUAUUUUGGUUGAAGAAGGAGAGGAAGAAGGACUGACUGAGGGCAUCGUUUACCGAGCAGAGCCUGCAUUGAUUGACACCAGCGAAGCAGACCUGUCUGAUGAAAAGUUGUUAGAUCACACUUACUCUGGGAUGGAGGACGACACUUUCCAGGCGUCCCUGAUUGCUCUUCAUGGUAGCAGCUGUAGCGCAGACCUGGAUUACCUGCACGCAUCUACGCCCAAGCUGACAGCUCGUCUGGACUUGUUGGAUGAGCAUCCCUGCUUUGCAACGCCAUCCGGCCUUGUAGACAACACUCAAGCGUUCUCCCCGGAGAAGUCUGCCUCUUUCUCUCCUCCGAGUUUGAGAGGUCAUGGUCCGACUUUUAAUGCCAUACUAAGCAGUUCUGAUCAGUUUCUGGCACGGCACACGACCAAAGAGGAACCUGUGGAGUGCUCAAACUCAUACAGCCCGUUUGCUGAAAUAGGGACCAGAUCGUCUGUCCCAGAUGAACCUGUGGAGUCUCUUCCCUAUCAGGAGCCCAUCAUGGCUUUUGAAGACAUUAAAGAUAUAAAGAGGUUCAUUAAGGACGAGGAGCCUGGUGGGAAAGAAUCAGCAGAAGACGGUGAAGAAGAAGUACUGACCUCAGGGAGCAAUUUUGAAAGGACUAUCACAGUCGUCAAGGGCAACUCCAGCCUUGGGAUGACCGUGAGCGCCUUGAAAGAUGGUCUGGGAAUGCUGAUCCGCAGUAUUAUUACCGGUGGGUCCAUCAGCAGGGACGGACGGCUGGGCGUUGGCGAUCUCAUCCUCGCCAUAAACGGGGAGCUUACAGCCAACCUGACCAAUGCUCAGGCCCGCGCCAUGCUCAGACGACACUCUCUCAUUGGACCAGACAUGGGAUCUGCUUGUGCACCUGAGGAAGAUCUGUGCCCAUUUUAUGUCAUAACAUAUGUUCCAGCAGAGUAUCUGGAGGAGUACAAGGCCAGCCUAGAGCAGGCUAAAGAUGAUGUCUUUUCUGAACCGGCUCCAGUCCUAGUUCCAGAUCCAAAAGAAAUUCCUAACCUCCCUGAACGGGAAGAUGGAGAGGGAGAGGAGAAUGCCUCUUACAAGAACUGGAACCAACCUAGAAAGGUGGAGCUCUUUCGAGCGCCAGGCAAGUCCCUGGGUAUCAGUAUCGUCGGUGGCCGAGGGAUGGGCAGCCGGCUGAACAACGGUGAGGUGAUGAGAGGCAUUUUUAUCAAGCACAUCCUGGAGGACAGUCCUGCUGGACAGAAUGGGACCCUAAAGACCGGAGACAGAAUCGUAGAGGUGGAUGGAGCAGAUCUAAGAGAUGCCAGUCAUGAGGAGGCAGUGGAGGCCAUUCGCAGGGCAGGCAACACUGUCUCUUUCUUGGUGCAGAGUAUUAUCCACAGGCCCAGGUCAUCGGUAACAGACUCCAGUGAGGAGAGAGCUGCAGCUAUGACAAGGGACAACAAGGACAAGGAGGGUUACAGUCACAGUAGACUUUUCCGCCUCUCCCCAAUUAACCCUUUCACUCCUACCCCGUUUAAGCUGGCGAAGCGUGAAGAGGCGAAGACAUCUCCCACUAGCGCUGUCCUCCUGCCAGUGGUGCCCCAUGUGGGAGAGACCGAUACGGACACGCUGACGGAGACUCCUGGCAGACCUGCUGAGACGGAGGAGGAGGAGGAGGUGGUGGAGGAUGAGUUUGGAUACAGCUGGAAUAACAUAAUCCAGCGCUAUGGCAGCCUCCCCGGUGUCAUACACAUGAUCGAGCUGGAGAAAGGCAAGGCAGGCCUGGGCCUCAGCCUGGCGGGGAACAGGGACCGCUCUCGCAUGAGUGUGUUUGUGGUGGGAAUAGACCCCAACGGGGCAGCUGGCCUGGACAAACGGAUGGUAGUAGGGGAUGAGCUGCUGGAGAUCAAUGGGCAAAUCCUUUAUGGCCACAGUCACCAGAAUGCAUCCUCCAUAAUCAAGAGCUCUCCCUCCAAAGUCAAAAUCAUCUUUGUCAGGAACACGGAGGCGCUGAACCAGAUGGCUGUGGGACCUGUGAGAGAACACGAAGGAGACAAAGCGGAGCCCCACACUGAGCUAGAAACAACUGCUGCUAACGGGGAUGCCCAUACUUCAAAAUAUGAGCAUCACGUCAUAAAGCUGAAGGAGGACGGAGGACUUGGCAUCACCUUCGUGGAGGGAAACACUGAGAGUGGGAUUGAGAUUCAGAGUAUAUCUGAAGGGAAAGGGCACACAGGCAAAGAGGGCUGCAUGAAACCAGGGGACAAACUCUUAGCUGUGAAUGGGGAAUCUGUGCUAGGCUACACUGUGGAAGAGGUCAGUUCUCUACUGAGAAAAGCCAAAGGUCCAGUGAAGGUAGCCUUCUCCACAAAUGAGACCCCCUCCUCAUUGUACUCCCUCCAGUCAACCUGCCAGGACAGUGAUCGCUCGCCUGAUGUCAUUGUCAGCCUACCCAGCAUGCUUAGUGCCGCCACGACUACCCUGAGUCAACAGGAGGCAGAGGCGGCCCCUAGUCUGAGUCGCUCUUCCACCCCUUCAACUCUGGCCUGUGACCCAGCAACCUGUCCCAUCAUCCCCGGCUGUGAGACCACCAUCGACAUCUCCAAGGGUCGCACAGGCCUGGGCCUUAGCAUCGUGGGAGGCUGUGACACCUUGCUGGGCGCCAUCAUUAUCCAUGAAGUUUAUGAAGAAGGGGCAGCCUCCAAAGAUGGCAGGCUUUGGGCAGGAGACCAAAUCCUAGAGGUGAACGGCAUCGACCUGCGUGCAGCCAGUCACGAUGAAGCCAUCAACGUGCUGCGGCAGACCCCCCAGAGAGUCCGGCUGGUGGUCUACAGGGACGAGGCCCAGUACAAGGAGGAAGACCUGUGGGACUCCUUCACUGUGGAGCUCCACAAGAGGCCUGGCCAGGGCCUGGGCCUGAGCAUCGUAGGGAGGAGAUCACGGGACGAGAGGAAUGACACAGGAGUGUUUGUGUCCGACAUUGUGAAAGGAGGUUUGGUGGACACUGACGGCCGACUGAUGCAGGGCGACCAGAUCCUGUCGGUCAACGGGGAGGACGUCAGGGCGACCACUCAGGAGGCCGUAGCUACACUGCUCAAGUGCUGCGUGGGGCCUCUAGUAAUGGAAGUAGGGAGGUUUAAGGCAGGCCCUUUCCACUCAGAAAGAAGGCUGUCUCAAUGUAGUCAGAUGAGUGAAACAGGCAGCACCAAGGUGGCCUCGCAGUCAUGUUCAGAUUUUGGCAACAUUCCCAGUGACUCUGACAAACGAAGCAGGACUCCAGAUUCUCCAGAGCAUCAAGACACCAGAACAGUUGAGUUCACUAAAGGCGCUAGUGAUUCUCUGGGUAUCAGUAUAGCAGGGGGCGUGGGCAGCCCUCUGGGUGACAUUCCCAUCUUUAUCGCAAUGAUGAAUCCUGUCGGCCUGGCUGCUCAGACCCAGAAGCUCAAGAUUGGGGACCGCCUCGUCAGUAUCUGUGGAGCUUCUGCUGAAGGAAUGACCCACUCACAGGCCGUCACGCUGCUCAAGAACGCCACAGGCACCAUACAGCUGCAGGUGGUAACGGGUGGUGACACCACGGUGACGGGUCCCUCUCAGGAGCAGGAAGCUGCAGGUCUCACACCCAGCUGCAUCUUCCAGGAUGACCUCGGCCCACCUCAGUAUAAGACCAUCAAUCUUGAAAGAGGACCAGACGGACUGGGUUUCAGUAUAGUCGGAGGGUACGGCAGCCCCCAUGGAGACUUACCGAUCUAUGUUAAAACUGUUUUUGGAAAGGGGGCAGCAGCGGAGGACGGCCGCCUGAAGCGAGGAGACCAGAUAAUGGCCGUUAACGGGCAGACUCUGGAGGGCGUCACUCAUGAAGAAGCUGUUGGAAUCCUGAAAAGGACCAAAGGAACGGUCACACUCACAGUGCUGUCAUAGACUCACAAUUGCGCACACACACACGCACACACACACACACACACACACACACACACACACUUGCUACCACCUACAGGUGCCCGAAAACACACACACCAUCUUACUUUGCUACACUUCCUAUCACAGCCACAGUGUAUAAAGACUGAAACUUUGACAUAGCGUCACAGCUUGCGGGUGUGAUAUCAUGUCUAACAGUAGGAGAACUCAAUCUAGCAUUAUUUUACAACUAGACGAUUGUGUUGAAAUCACCAGCUGUUCAUCUGUGAAAAUAUGCACACUGUCAUAGGAACAACCAUACACUCAUAAUUAUGAAGGAGCCUACUGUUUAAUGUAGCUUUGAACACUGUGACCCACGUAAGUCUACGGCAAGUAGACGUACUGCAUGUACUGUAUAGUCAUGAUAAGAGCUUUUUAAUCACUGAAACAGUCCUGCAAAGUAGUAUGUUAAGUGGAUAUAUGAAUUCAUAAAUAGUUAGCAAUACAGUUUCAAUGAAGAUAUUAUAUGAAUCUUAAAGAGGACGUAGAUAGAAAUUAGAAUCCUGGCUCAACUUGUGGCUGUGGUUCAAGUUUUUUUUGUUGCCGUUUCCUGCAUUGAAAUAAAUGCAUUGGCAGAUCAUUAUUUUCAGGAGUAUUUUACAACAGAGAGCACCCUAGGGCAACAUCAGAAUAGGCCUAUUCUUCAAGGUUCUUAACAGUCUGGGGUCUACUUAUAGAGAUGACCCCCCCCCCCAGUAAAUUCAGAGCAUGAAGCAGCAUGAAAACGGCCUUGAGGCAGUUAACAGAUUAGCAGAAUUAAGCUAAUGGUUGCAUUAGCUGAUAACAGCAGUAUUUGUCUUUGACAUUGCACUGCUGUUGGCCACUAACCAUGCUGAUUAUCCUGAAAGGCCGAUGCAGCUCCAACUGGUGUUAAUCAACUUAUAAAGUCACGGUUCUUUUAGCAAAAAUGGUCAAUAGAGCAUUUUGUAAGUCUCAUAUUGUAAACACACAAAGAUGUGACACUAAGAAGUGUGGUUUGAGUGCACAUUUGGCUAGAUGAGGAAUUGUGAUUGUGUGUGUGUGACCUACUCACUGAAAUAUAGUGCUGCUAAAGCCAAUAUAUAAGGUAUUAUGUCAGUAUUUGGAUUUUUUUUUUUUUUUUUUAAGUAUUAUGUAACCACUUCAUGAAAGUGCACAGAAAAGCACCAGCUAUCUAGGUUGAGUGGAUGAUGGUUUCUUCCAAAGUUUUUAAAUUGUUAUAUAUACAAUGGACUAAAGCUCAUUCUGAACUUAUUGUUUAUCCAAAAUAAAGUCAACUAGUGUGUACUUCCUAAAGUCCUACGGCAUGUUUUGUGUGGGCUAGUCUAUGAGAAAUGUGUCUGUUCUCUAGCACUGUCAAUGUGACAGUAUCAAAGUUAUUCACACUGAAUUAAAUAAAAGUGACCUUUGGAUUCA